AUGAUAUUUUUACCAAUCCUGUGUAGCGUGGCCCACCGGUUUCGUUGUUUAUCUUGUUUAAAUGAUUCAUCACUUUAUAUAUCAUAUUGUGUUUUUGGUAUUUGUAUUGAAUUAUGGAAAUAUCCAAAUAACAAUAAUAAUAAUAAUAAUAAUAAUAAUAAUAAUAUGAAUGCUGCUUUGAAACGUUGGGAUCGUUUAGCUAACGAUAAAACUGAAUGGGUAUCACAUAUGGAUGCAAAUAUAGCAUCUAAUUUAGGUUUACUUAUUCGUACAGCAUCAUCAGUUCAUACACGUUUUGAAUUACGUGAUGAACAUUUAGUUUUAUUAAAACAAAUUCCAUUAAAUGAUGAUUUUGUUGAUUUAUUUUAUCCAUUUCGAUCUAAUCAAUGGUUUAUUAAAAGUUCAUCAGGCAAAUAUUAUAUUUAUUCAAUGGAAACAAAUACAUAUGAUUUAUCAUCAUUUGAAUUUCCUUUUGGAUUACAAGAAUUUGGUUUAAAUUCAAUGGUUAUUGGUAGUGGUCAGAAUGAAUUAACAUUGUGUGAUGCUUGA